AUGACCCACCAAGCUCAUGCAUACCACAUAGUAGACCCCAGCCCUUGACCCCUAACAGGCGCAGUAGCUGCACUUUUGAUGACAUCUGGCCUUGCCGUAUGGUUCCAUUUUCAUUCAACAACCCUAAUAGCCUUAGGAACAGUCCUUCUUUUAUUAACAAUAUAUCAAUGAUGGCGGGAUAUUAUCCGAGAGGGGACCUUUCAAGGUCACCACACUCCCCCAGUCCAAAAAGGCCUUCGAUAUGGAAUAAUUUUAUUUAUUACAUCAGAAGUCUUCUUUUUUCUAGGCUUCUUCUGAGCCUUCUAUCACGCAAGCCUUGCACCCACCCCUGAACUAGGGGGCUGCUGACCCCCUACAGGCAUUACUACCCUAGACCCAUUUGAAGUCCCCCUAUUAAAUACUGCAGUUCUUCUAGCCUCUGGAGUUACAGUAACCUGAGCUCACCACAGUAUUAUAGAGGGCGAGCGAAAGCAAGCAAUCCACUCCCUUACUCUCACAAUCCUUUUAGGAUUCUAUUUCACUUUCCUUCAAGGACUAGAGUACUAUGAUGCACCUUUCACAAUUGCUGACGGAGUCUAUGGCUCAACUUUCUUUGUUGCUACUGGCUUUCACGGUCUCCACGUAAUUAUUGGCUCAACAUUCCUAGCUGUGUGUUUACUUCGUCAAAUUCGUUAUCAUUUUACAUCCGAACACCACUUCGGCUUUGAAGCAGCAGCAUGAUACUGACACUUUGUAGAUGUUGUCUGACUUUUCCUAUAUAUCUCAAUCUAUUGAUGAGGCUCAUA